AUGGCGCUAAGCCGAAUGCAAGCUGGGUAAACCCUUUCGUGGCUUUCCACGCAAGCUUCGUGUGCAUAGCACCAAGAUUGUACCGAUUUUCGUUAUGGAUUUGCCCGUUGCAAAAUUGAGUUUAAGGGUUCGAUCGGAGUUUGAUCAUGCAUAUCGAUGUCAUGUCUCAGAUUCGCUUGACGAAAGGAAAGAAAUUGCGAUGGAUGACCUCGGGACUUCAAAUUGUUGGAAGAACUGAAACGUGUAUAUAAAGUGACGAGCAUUGCCUACUUUUCCCAAUGUCUUCCUUCUGAUGACGACAGCCUUGAUUAUCUUUGUCGAUUGAGAGAAACCUGAUAUAACUAGAGUACUACGUGGCGCAUCGUUUACACAGUCCGUACACCUCUAGCUUCUCAACUAUCUAUAUAAUCUUGCAUCCAUCACCUUGAAAAUCUACAUGAAACACUGAACCCCAUUACAAUGGGUUGCUGCCGCAAAAAUCGCGUAACUCAUCAUCCCGCACCUCUAGCAACUUGGACACCCACCAGCCUUAGCAUUACCAACGCGCCUUAUCAUCAAACCCAGUCUAGCAACAACCAUCAUCACCCCCGCUUGCAUCAAGGAGGCUGCCACGGCGGCCCCCUCGCCCGCUGGUUCCGCGCCCGACAAGAGCGGAAGCAAGCCCAGCGGGACCAUGAUCAAGCCAUGAACCCACAGGCUACGGUGUCCGGGCAGGAGCAGAGUACGUCGCCUGCGCCGAUGUACCGUUCUUCUUCUACGUUACAAGGGGACGAGAAGCGGAAUAUAAACGAGAGCAGAACGGAGUUGAUAGAUAGUGAGCCUCGGGAUACUAGGGCUGUGGACAUGGAGCACGACGUGGGAAGGCAUGAGUUUCAUUCUGUUUCGUCGGGCCUGCCUACUUAUUCUAUGGUUGAACGGAGCGAGAAGCGUGGGUAAGGUGUCGGUAGUAUUCGAAGGAUGUAGGAAGGAUGGGUGAAUUGGAUGGAUUUGAUUGAUGAUGUUCUUGGGAGCUGGUGUUGCGAACUGACAGAGGAACUUUUGAUCUUGCUCGAGGUCAACAAUUCUGUCAAGGAGCUCUUGAGCUCCGACUUGUUCGAUCGGCAUUGGUGGAGGUCUUACUAUUGUACACAUCAAGCUGCUGUCAGAAUGAUGCAUCGAAACUUGAUCUUAAGGGUCAAAAUCGCUCCACUUAUCAGAUACGAAGACAUCAAGUGGCACUUGCUGCUUGCCAUCACUGCUUCAACGCCUCCGUAUUUGCUGGAUUGCCUACCCUGCGAGAGCGUCGUUAAAAGAGAUUUGGCGCGCUAUUCCCUAAUGCGGGU